AUGGAACCAACACAACCAGACAAGCCAUUAAGACAAGAAAAGGACAUUGCUCAUCUUUAUACCAGCUUACAAGCACUUGGCGACAGCAAUGCGAAUUCCGAAGCUAAAUUUAUUCCACUUCCACCUUCUCUUCCAAUAUCUCCCAGCUCUUCCUCUCCUAUUAUACCCAACAAAGCAAAGCCUUCUCCACUACAGCAGCAGCAGCAGCAGCAGCAGCAGCAGACUGAUAGCCAUGUCGAGAAAACGGAUCAUUCAGACUGCCCAUGCCACCAUAUAUUGAAAGAAGAUGAUAUCACCAUGUGCUCACUCUGUAGCAACCCUAUUCCAAUCAUCCAAGAGCUCUUGACCGAGAAGGCGCAAUACGAGAAAGAGAUUGAAGUCCUACAAGAGCAGCUGCAAACAGAGCAAAAAAACAUUGAGGAACAAUUAGUCAAAAUAGGCCAGCUUAAUACCCGAUUAGAGCAAGUCAUGAGCGAAUUGGACGACCAGACAGCCAACUUCCAGGCUCUACAGAAUGAUAUGGAGUUACUGAACGACAAAUAUGUAGAUGAAAUUGAACGAGUGGCCGAAAUCCAGCAUUCAAAAGACAUGGUCGAAAGCGAGCUUGAGGAUCUAUCGAGAAGGCUGUUUGAGGAAGCUAAUGGCAUGGUUGCAAAUGAAAAGCGUGAAAAAUACAACCUGGAAGUCGCUCAGAAACAUUUGGAGAAUCAGUUACAGGAGACAAGAGAUCGUUUAGGAGCUGAGCAGAUGCAAUUGAAGGAGUUGAGAAAGCGUAUGGAGGACAUGAUGGAGGUCGAGAAGUCUGUAAUGGAAGUACCAAAGACACCAGAUCAUAUCAAGGACAUUACAAGCCUUUUAGCCGAGCGCAUGAAUUUACUGGAACAAAAGAACGCACACAUUGAUGCGUUGAUGCUGGAUGAAUUCCAAGAGUUUGUAAAAACAGGCACUGCAGUCAGCCUCAAGAAGAUUCACACCAUUCCUUUCAUGAAGAACUGUCAAGAAGAGGAUGUAGAAGCCUGCUUGAGAUUUGGACCUAAUAGUCGAUUAUCUGCUCGCAAAAUGAAUGAAGCCAUCGUGUUGAAUACUUGCUUUAUCGAGGAAUCGCCACAAGGCUUUGCUGAAGAACAGGCGAAACGUGCCAUUGGUGAAUUACCGCUCAAAAUCUCAGGUGCCAAGUCCAUGAUGUGGGAGCGAUUUAGUAGCAAUAAUCAGACAACUGUAUUCAGUGGAUGUCAAGCAUGCGGAAGAAACGAUGGCACUGCAUUGCCUUACCGCUUUAGAAUUUCGUAUUUUGAUGACUGGGCUUGCAUUGAUCGCUUUUGUCGAGACCGCUUGGUGGCUGUGUGCGAGUUUUAUGUGUUGAUUCGUAAUAUCAGACAAGGACUCUACAACAAUAGGAGCAUCCCUGACUUGUAUCAUGAAGCCAUGCGAUUGAGACUACAAAUGUUUUAUGCAAGAAUGGGCGCAUUGCCUUGGACCCUGAGAACAUCAGGCGUUGCUGUUGUCGAUCAAGAGCCUAAAGUAGUUACAUCCGAAUCCUCCCCUUUACCUAAAUCAGUAAAGACUGUUGCAAACAAGCAAGAAACACGCAGGGGAAGCUUAGACGACAUCCAUAAUAAUACCACAACGUUAGGCGGAGGCGCUGCUGCUGCUGCUGCUGCCAUCUCAACGACAAAUGAUGAUCAGCUAAAACCAAAACUUCCCUUGACUCCACCACCACAGCAAAGUGAACAAGAUACACCCAAGCAUAAUAUGACCGCGGAUAGUACAGAGAUUGCUGCUGCCCUUACCAACAAAAAUUCUACUCCUACUACCACCGAGAGUACUACUAUUUUACCCGCAGAGGUUUCUAAUUGA